AUGCUUAAGCACGGCCGCGCCGGUGUUCCCAUGGAGGUGAUGGGCCUGAUGCUGGGCGAGUUUGUGGACGACUACACGAUCCGCUGCGUUGAUGUGUUCGCGAUGCCGCAGUCCGGAACGACUGUAACCGUCGAGUCGGUCGACCACGUCUUCCAGACGAAGAUGCUCGACAUGCUGAAGCAGACCGGACGCCCAGAGAUGGUCGUCGGAUGGUACCACUCUCACCCCGGAUUCGGAUGUUGGCUCUCGUCCGUUGACGUGAACACGCAGCAGUCGUUCGAGCAGCUUCACCCCCGUGCCGUCGCCGUGGUUAUCGACCCGAUUCAGUCCGUGCGCGGCAAGGUCGUGAUCGACGCCUUCCGCUCGAUCUCGCCCCAGUCGCUGAUGACGGGCCAGGAGUCGCGACAGACGACGUCCAACAUUGGCCACCUGAACAAGCCUUCGAUUCAGGCGCUGAUCCACGGCCUGAACCGACACUACUACUCUCUCGCGAUCGAGUAUCGCAAGUCGGAGGCGGAACAGGGCAUGCUCCUGAACCUGCACAAGCGCGGAUGGACGGAGGGCCUCAAGCUCGACGACUUUGAGAAGACCGAGGAGAAGAACGAGGACACGGCCAAGCAGAUGCUCAAGCUCGCCGAGGCAUACACCAAGAGCGUCCAGGAGGAGGCCACCAUGACCCCCGAACAGCUCAAGACCCGCCAUGUCGGCAAGCUCGACCCCAAGAGGCAUCUCGAGGAGGCUGUCGAGAAGAACCUCGGCGACCAGGUCACCCAGGGCCUUGCUAUGGGUGUGCUCGCGGAGCUCUAA